AUGCUACAAGUACUACUAUUCACGAUUCUGUUUAGUUAUUUCAAAAUUGAAGGUGUGACUAUUGAAUAUCCAACAAGUGUACAUAUUGUCGAACGAAUACGUACAGAUAUUAGCACGAUUGAUCCGAUAUUCCGUUAUUAUAUUGUACCACGGGAGAUCCAAUUCCAUGCUGAUGCAUUGAAAGGUCGAUUAGAGUAUUUCCUUCAAUGUAAAGGAAAUGGAAAUUCGAUCACAUUAACUGUACCAUCAACUGCAACUAAUCAUUUAUCAUUAAAUACAGAUUAUCAAACGAAUACAGUUACAGCGAAAUUGAGAAGAAAUCAACUAACGUCAGAUCUCGUCGGACGUUAUACAUGCUCAGAAAUAAUCGACGAUAAGAAACAAGAAACGAAUGUUCAUGUAUUUAUACAAGAUGGCGUGUCUGUAUUCACGAAAAGACUUUAUCCGAAAGUUUUACAGCAGACAGGUAUUCAUUUUUUCAAUUUACCAUGCCAGACAACAAGCUGGUAUGCGCGAAUGUCGUGUCCGAUGCCAAUUAAUCCAAAUCAAUGUGAAACUCGUCAAUGCACUGAUCGAGAGCGGCUAGUGAAUGAGUUGAAAUGCAAUAUUCCAAUAUGCAAUGGUCAAGAUUUAUGUAUUCCAGUGUAUUAUACACCAUCAGAUUUGCAGGCUUCUAAAGUUUUCUUUGAUCCGCAAAUAGGUUUUGCGUUAGAAAAUCCAACAAUCCCGAUUUCAUUGAAUGAAUUCAUCUGCAAGAGCAAUUAUACACCUAGUCAGAAAUCUCGCAUUCCAUUUGAUUCAUAUGAUCCUGAUCAUAUCGAAAUGCAUCAACCGAGCCUGACUGUUAUGCCGGAUGAAACAGUCAAAUUGAGCUGUGAAAUACAAUAUGGAAUCAAACUUACUCAAAAAGUACCAAGUAUCUUUUGGUUUGACGACAUCUACGAUCUUAAGCUCAUCGCAAAUGAAACUGAAAAAGCUGUAUUCAAUUCUGUAACUCAGGUUUAUAGUCGAAAUAGUUCGAUUACCCUACGCGGUUUCAAACCCAAUAAUGCCUAUCGAUUCUAUUGUGUACGCGUCUCCGAACAAGGAAUCUAUUCACGUCCUGUUGAUAUCAAAUGUGUUAAUAAACCAUUACUCGAUCUGGAAGUGGCUUCGACCGGCUCAGAGACAAUUAUUCCUGCAUCUUAUGGCUCAGAUAGUAGUUAUGAUAUAUCUAUAUUCACGAUUCCACGUUCGAAAAUUCGCUUGGAACUCACACGUGACGGAGUAUCGUUAGCAAACGAUAAACGCUUUGAGAUCAUCACGACAACUGAUCGUGAGAAUCAAUUCUAUGAAUUUACGUUAACAAUUUAUAACAUAACCUUCGAAGAUGAACGAGAUAUAAAGAUAAGUGCAAAGUCUUCUGCUGUAGAACAAACUAAAUUGAUUAAACCACAAGUAAUUGGAAAUCCAGUUGGACAGCUUGCGUUUGUACCGAUCGAAAUUCCACGAUACGUUGCAUGGCGAAAUGAAAAUUUCAAAGAUAAAUCGAAUAUUUAUGCAUAUGGCAUCUACGAUAAUGAACCAUACCGAGUCGUUUGUACGAUUCGCCAUCGGGCUGAUAUUGAACGAUCAUUGAAUGUUUUUAUACAACAUACUGAAUGCACAAUGGAGUAUUGCUUAUCAGAUAUUAUUGAUAAAAUUUGUCAAUCGUCGUCCAGUCAACGUUUACCGACGAGUAAAGCAACUCGUAUCAAUGAUUUUCAAACACAAUUUGCUAGUAUUGAAUCUCAAACCAUUCAAGAUCCAUUGAUUGCUCAUCAAUACGUUUGUUGCUAUGAACAGAAUGGUUUAGUGCAACUUGCCAAAGCUUUGACAGUCUUAGCGCAUAAUCGGAGUAUGUUUGUGGUCAGCAAACCCGAAUUUGGUUUAGUUACGGGAGACAUUUUGACGUAUCGAUGUACAGGACAUGAUUUAAUCUAUGACGAUCUACGAAUGAUUUAUAAUGAUGGGUCGACUACGUAUGAGAGAAACCGAUUUGAUUCGGAAUGGCGUUCAAUGGAAACCAAACAACCGAGACAAGUUGACCUCGUCUGGGUAACACCAACCAGUGAAUCUAUUCGAGAUACAACGAUCGAAGUUAGAACACCACCGUUGAGGAGAAUGGGAAAGAAUGGCUAUCUGCAAUGUAUAGCUUUAUCCAAACGAACUGAUAUUAUUCCUAAUAUGAACGAUACAUACAUCAUUGAUGUUGAUGAUCCUAUACCAUUGCAGUUUAGAAACAAUUUAUCAUCAGUUAGUAAAAUAGAUGGAAAAACGGGUAUCAAUGUUGAUUUCGAUUGUACAUAUAAUGGACGACCACAACCGAAAGUAGUUUGGUUAAAAGGAAAACUACCACUGAUUAGUGACGAUUCAACAUUGCAAUUGCGCGAGAAUAACGGAAGCAUUCACAUCACUCGCGCUCAAGCAUCCGACACUGGCUAUUACACUUGUGAAUUAACCAAUGGUCGCGGUCCAGUGUUAAGUCGAAGUUUCGACUUACGAAUUAAAGGUCCCUAUCUAAAUACAAGAUUUCGUCGAUUGACAGCAAUUUUCAUAAUUAUAUCCGGUUGUGUAAUAGUACUUCUCUUGAUCCUACUAAUUAUUAUUGCUGUCAAAUAUUACAAGAUGAAGAAGCAAGUUCAGAACAGUAUUUUUCAUGCCGAACAACCUGCUGAACCUGAAGAUAAAUCUCAGCCACCGAUGACACAACUAACUCGAAUACCAUUACCAGAUAAUUUCGCAUCAACACAACAAGUUCGUACAUUGCUUAAUUAUGUCAAUGGUGAGAGUUUACCAGCAGUGAAAGACGAUUUUAAAGAACUUGGCCAUGGACAGUUCGGCGUUGUCUAUCAAGUUCGUUUGCCUGAAGUCGAUCUUGUUGCUGCUAAAUUACUGCCUGAUACUAUACGUAAUACGGAACGUCGUCGUGAUAAACGUAAGAAAAGCGAUGAUCUCGAGGAAAGUCAAGAAAUGAUAUCGAAAAAAGAAUUGCAAAAGAAAAAAGCUGCUGAAAUGUUAAUCGAUGAAAUUAAAGUGAUGCACAAGGCUGGCAAACAUGUCAAUAUUGUUUCAUUGCUGAAAGUUGCUUAUCCGGAAACAAAAUUUAGAUACUUAAUCACGGGUGGAUUGAUACGUGAUGAAGAUUCGUUCUAUCUCAUGGAAUUGUGUUCGAAUGGUUCGCUCGAGUCAAUGCUAAAACGAUUUCUUCUUCCAGCAACGACUCCGCCAUAUGGUAAACUCUCGUUGUAUGAGACAUUAGCGAAACAAAAGGAUCCCGGAAUGACGCUCACUCAGGCACAUGAAACGUGUAUAUUGACUGAGGAUGAUCUAAUAUUAGUCGCUUAUCAAGUUGCCUCUGGAAUCGAUUAUCUCAAUCGAAGACAAAUUGCACAUUGUGAUAUCGCUGCAAGAAAUGUUUUAGUUAGUGCUAGGUUUAUCAUGAAAAUAUGUGAUUUCGGUUUGGCAACAUGGACAACGUAUAAGAAUUAUCGUGAACAACUGGCAGAACAUGAUAGUGUCCAACUUGAAAAGAAGAAUAAUGAAAUAGCUACACAUAAUUUAACACCGGAACUUGCUCGCGCUUUUCUCCGUGCAUCAACUCCUGAUGAACGUUUAUUAUUGAAUAAAUCAUCAAUUAAAUCUGACGUAUGGUCAUUUGGAAUCUUUCUCUGGACAUUAUUUCUCAAAUGUCGUAUUCGGCCAUUUAAUAAACUUGUGGAAGAAACACAACGUCGAAACGAUGGUGAAAGUUUCUUUCGUGUAUUGGCUCGUGUGGUUAGCGAAGGGCAUGUUCUUCGAUACAUCGAUUAUCAUAAAGAAAUUCCUGGAAGCAUCUAUGCCAUCAUACGAGAAUGUCUGGUGGAGGAAAAUCGUCGGCCGGAAAUGACACGUGUACGGGCGCUUCUAUGUCAUUCGAAAAUGUUAUCAAAGCAAGCAUUUGAAUAUUAUCGAUCGGAAUACAAUCGUUAUCAAGAGGAAAAUGCCACUGAUGAAAACGUUCUACGCUUCGGCGACGUUCAAGGUGUCAGUGAUUUGCCUACGUUCGACAGUGAAACGAAUCCUGAUGUAAAUCCCAGUUCAGUCGAUUCUCAUGGUACGAAUGAUGUUACUUUUCGUCCAUCGACUACGAAUGAAUAUUAUCCAACAGCGAGUGAAGGAACAACUCAUACAUAUCUCUCUCAAUCAGAUCGAGAUGAUUCCCAAUAUAAAAAUGAUUCUUAUUUGGUUCCAACAACGACCAAUAAUCGCAAGCCAGCUCCACGCACGAUUGCAGGAAAUGUCCGCGAUGAAACAGUUCCAUUAGUCCCUCUAGUUGGCAUUAAACCACGUGCACCAUUGAAACCAUCCGUGCCGCCGUCCUCAUCGACAGGCCGCGAUAAUUCGAACGAUAGCUAUGUGUAA